AUGUCAACAACGACAGCCAACACGCACGUCCCAGCGCUCGAUAGCCAAAUGUACCCGCACAUUAUCGACCGCGUUCUCGCGUCGCUGUCCUACCCGGAGCUGUACACGUUUCGCCUCACGAGCUCGUCGUAUCGUGACCAGAUUGACCGUUUACUCCUCACUCACGUCCUCCUGAGCGUCGCCCCAGAAGGCAGGCUCAAGCUGCGUUCGCCUCGACCACCGUUCCAGGGCCUGCCGUUUAUCUACCGCCCGGGCUACAUGGUCGACGGCGAGCCGACGACUACCCUUCCCGAACCCGCCCAUGCGAUAGCUGUGGCAAGCACGACGCGCCAACUGGGCUACAUCCGUGUCCUCGACCUGGGCAAUGUGGGGCUGGACCCGCACCGUGACUCGCGUCGCAUGUUUGUCGAGCGUGACGAGCGGCCGUUCCUUCUCGUAGACGCCGACGAGCUAACGGACGACUUUGCCGGUCGCCUCCAGGUCGUCCGCCGCACCGGGUUCGCGCGGUACGACCUAGAGUCGGACCUGUGUGCUCCUGUACUGGUCGACUGGAUCGAGUUGGGGACCCACACGCGCCAAAAGCGCGGUGUCGUGUUCACCGACGCGCCGACGCGGCCAGCUAUCCAGACGUACGUCUUGCACCUUCGCUUUGGCGCGUCGUCGAGCCCGCAGCGACUCUAUCAAUGUACGUUUGGAAGCACGCUGUUUGGGUAUCCCAUCCCAGACAUUCUGGUAGUCGUGGAUCCGUACAAUGACGCCAACGACAACGACCUGGAGCCGAACAUUGGUGACCCGACCGACGCGGAACAAGAGGAGGAGGCCGAGGAGAACACGUCCGCCAACCCACGUAGCCGCGUCGGCCUUCUGGAGGACUACGUCGGGUUUGCAGCCAGCGUCCUCGUUCGCGGCGGCAACCUGACCUUUGUCGGGGUUGAGCUUUUGCACCCCCAUGCCCUCGGUUUCCCCAGCCAUUUCACCCCAGACGAGACCGUGGCGGCGUUCACCAACAUUGUCGAAUGGCGCGUGCACAAUUCCUCCCAGUUUGGGAGCUUGGAGCCGUUUGCGCACAUCAUGUACAGCGACCUUGUCGAGUAUGGGUUGCCAGACCUGCCCUUUGGACCCGUGUCUCGCGCAGACUGGCACGAGCUCGUGUCCACGAUAACGUUCAAGAACCCCGCGGAAGAGAUCCGUCGCGGGUUGAGAGUGGUGACUCGCGACGAGUGGCGCGCUUCGCUGCCUGAAGGGUCCUACCUGGAUGAGCGGCCCGACUACCAGCCUCCUCCGCCCCCAGAGUGCGUGCCAGUGAUGGAACUGGACCCAGUCACAGGCCUGAUGGUUCCGAUUGAGUACGAUGACGAGGGUGACCAGUACGGUAACUUUGGUGUAGUGGAAUAG